AUGUUAUCGAGUUUCAAACAGAUCUUACGACACGGCAAACACGCCCAAACUUCCCAAUCCAACGCUACUCAACCGGAAAGCAGAACAACCCAAUCUGGUGGGCAUCGAUCAAGCAAAGCACAGCAUCAACAGCAGACAGCUCAGCCUCAACAAGUACAGCAAGCAUAUUACAAUAACGAUAUGCCAGGUCAAGGACUGACUGCGACCAGUGCGCAAUCAGCGCAACCACAAUCGUCACAAUCAGGUAGUAAAGCUCCAAUGGUGUCCCCCAACUACCGGGAAGAAGCUGAGCGGAUCGUUGCUGAUGAGAGGGCGCAGAGUGAAAAGAUGCCAGUCUACGAAGGUCUGGAAGCUUAUACGUUGAUCGAGAAGAUGGGUGAUGGAGCUUUCUCAAACGUGUACAAAGCUGUCGAGAAGAAAACUGGACGUAAAGUUGCCGUUAAGGUGGUCAGAAAGUAUGAGCUAAAUCACUCACAGCAUGGCAAUAAACACCUCAAUGCCAAUUUUAAGAAGAGGCCUAGGGUUACAGAGCGAGCCAACAUCCUCAAGGAAGUGCAGAUCAUGCGAGGUAUCGACCAUCCUGGUAUAGUCAAAUUACUCGCCUUUUUCGAAAGUGAAGAGCAUUAUUUCCUCGUACUCGAACUCAUGGAAGGUGGUGAAUUGUUCCACCAAAUCGUCAAACUCACCUACUUCUCCGAGGCAUUGUCAAGACAUGUCAUCCUCCAGGUAGCGGAAGGUAUUCGAUAUCUUCAUGAGGAACGAGGUGUCGUGCAUCGUGAUAUCAAACCGGAAAAUUUGUUGUUCGAACGAAUUCCGAUUAUACCAUCCCGCACGCCCAUACAUCGACCUUACGACGAGGAGAAGGAGGAUGAGGGUGAAUUCCGACCUGGCAUCGGAGGUGGUGGUAUCGGCCGAGUGAAGAUCGCCGAUUUCGGUUUAUCGAAGAUCGUAUGGGACGAGCAGACCAUGACACCGUGUGGUACUGUCGGUUACACCGCACCUGAGAUUGUGAAAGAUGAGAGAUAUAGUAAGAGUGUUGAUAUGUGGGCUUUGGGAUGUGUGCUGUAUACCUUGCUGUGUGGUUUCCCUCCCUUCUACGACGAAAGUAUCAACGUUCUAACCGAAAAGGUUGCCCGAGGAUACUACACUUUCCUAAGUCCAUGGUGGGAUGAUAUCUCGACAUCUGCCAAGGAUCUGAUCACUCACUUGCUAUGUGUCGAUCCCGCUCAACGAUAUACCAUCGAUGAAUUCCUCGCCCAUCCAUGGAUCAAAGAUGCUCCAUCUGCUCAACCACCAGCUGCUACUCCGGGAGGUCUACGACCGCCCACCGCCGAAAAUGCACCACUCGACUCACCUCUUCUCGCAUCUAUACGAGCUGGUAAUAGGGAAGGUCGAUCGCCCGGUGUUGGCGCAUUGAAGGAAGCCUUCGAUGUUACCUAUGCUGUGCAUCGAAUGGAAGAAGAAGGCGCUCGACGAAGAGCAUACAACGGACCUGGUGGAGCUGGUACUCGAGGGUUCUUACAAGGGCUUAACGAAGAAGAUGAAGACGAAGAUGAAGCCGUCCAGUUGGAGGAAGCAAGACGUAAACACGGUGAAGCUGUCGCUAGACAGAUCCAACAGCAUCGAGGAAGGGAUGCUGCCAACGCAGCUGCCGGUGUCAAAGAACAGCCCUCUCAACAUUAUGCUGGUCGAGGAGGAGCCAACAGACGAGAGGCCGAAGCUGUCUUGUAUGACGGUAGAGCUGGACAAAGAGAUAGAGCUAGGGGUGGUAAUGGUGGUAACAGUAAACCAAGUGGUACAGGAUUCGAAUUGGAUAUCAACAAUGCUACGCUGUUAGGUAGAAGAGGCAAGAAAACUGCACCGUCGCCCUUGGGCUUGAACCAACCUGCUCAAUCACCUCAAACUGCCGGAUCACCAAUGCAAUUUUAG